GCAGCAAGAGUGAAUUUUGCUCCUUCAUGAAUUCAACUUUAGUGAAUUUGGAGACCAUGUGUGCAGAGGACAGAGCAGUAUCGCUGGAGGAAGUUGCUCGUCCCUUUGGUUCCUUCCUGAAUAGCUCCACCCUCAGUGCUGGUGGGAAGGAGAGCAAGGGGGAGGUGUCCUCUGCCGUGACGUUCCUCCUGCAGAGUGUGGAAUUGGCUGCACUGACAGCUGCUUUGAAGUCUCCGGAGUAUAGGACCCAGACCGUGACAACAGAGUCCAUGGCUAUCGAGACGCUCCUCGUUGUCCCGACUGCAGGUCCCUUUGAUGAGGUCUUCAGGCUGAGGGCUCAGGAGGAGACAAUGGACAUUCAGUGCAAUACAGUCACCAGAGCACCCACAGAAGGUGCCACAGGAUUCUCUGCUGCUUUUAUCAUUAACAAGAGAUUUCUCAACCAGGGAGAUCUAAUGGCUGAUGAGAAAUUGAGGAAUUUUCACCUGAAUUCCAGGGUGGUGAGUGGGGUUAUCAGAGCUGGGAGGCACAUGAACCUCUCCAAACCUGUGAACUUCACCCUGCGCCGUAGACAGGCAAAGAAAGAGGAGGAAGAGACUUCCUGUGUUCACUGGAAUGGCACUUGGGUUGAGGAUGGCUGCACCGUUCUCCACACGAACAGCACUCACACCAUCUGCAGCUGUGACCAUCUCUCCAGCUUCGCACUCCUUAUGGGUCUCACUGGAGUGGAGGAGAGUGGCCCACUGACCAUCAUCACCUAUGUGGGACUGACCCUCUCCCUGCUGUGCCUCUUCCUCGCCAUCCUCACCUUCCUCCUGUGCCGCUCCAUCCGCAAUGUUAGCACCUCCCUUCAUCUGCAACUCUGCCUCUGCCUCUUCCUGGCCGACCUGCUCUUCCUCACCACAGUGAAGCGCACUGGCAUUCGGGUGGUCUGUGCUGUCAUUGCUGGCCUCCUAUACUACGUCUUCCUAGCCUGCUUCAGUUGGAUGUUCCUGGAGGGGCUGCACCUCUUCCUCGCCGUCAGGAACCUGAAGGUCGUGAAUUACACUGGCACCAGCCGGUUCAAGAAGAGAUUCAUGUACCCGUUCAGCUACGGAUUCCCAGCCCUGGUGGUGGCUAUUUCUGCAGCCGUGAAUCCGGAAGGCUACUGAACUUCCACACACUGCUGGCUCAGCCUGGACAGAGGAUUUCAUUGGAGCUUCCUGGGUCCAGUCUGUGCCAUAAUCCUGAUAAAUUUAACAUUUUUUAUUGUAACCCUCCGGAUCCUGAGAGACAAACUCUCCUCCCUUAAUGAAGAUGUGUCCACUCUCAAAGACACCAGACUACUGACUUUUAAAGCUAUCUCCCAGCUAUUCAUUCUGGACUGCACAUGGAGUCUUGGUCUCUUCCAAGUUGGCUCAGCAAAAAUGGUCAUGGCCUAUUUAUUCACCAUUGUCAACAGUCUGCAGGUAGUCUUCAUCUUCCUGGUGCACUGCCUCCUCAAUCGCCAGGUGAGAGAGAAAUACAGGAGAUGGAUUAAAGGCACAAGAAAACCCAACCCCACAACUCAAAAUUUUACUCUGUCUGUGUCCACUGUAACUACCAGCGCCAAGAUGUGUUCCUGGGCUCUCUGUCUCUCCCAGAUGGCAUGUGCUGUCAUUGCUGACUUCCUACCUCUUUCUGGCCUGCUUCACCUGGAUGUUCCUGGAGGGGCUCCACCUUUUCCUCACCAUCAGGAAUCUGCAGGUCGUGAAUUACCCCUGCACCAGCCAGUUCAAGAAGAGUUUCAUGUACCUGUUCGGCUACAGAUUCCUAGCCCAGCCAAUGGUGGCUAUUUUUGCAGCAUUCAACCCAGGUGGCUACAGAACUCCCAGACAGUAAGUGCAGACCCUUCGCCCUCCACAUUGACACUAAGCUGCCCCGAGAACUGUAGCUGAGUUGCCCACCUGCCAUA